UAUAGAGGAAAGUUUAUGCUUCUGUGCUCUAAAAUAUAUCCUUCUGUAAUCUUCCUCCUCUACAUCUGAAUUAAUUUAAACUGCUAAAUACCUUAAUAAUCACUCAUUGAUGUAAAUUUUACUUUUUACUUUUCAUAGAAUAUAGCUUCAUAGAAAUUCUGCGGUUAAUUUAUGUGAACAUCAGUUGAAUCGGUUUCUUAAAAAAGAAAGGAAAUAAACUUCAAUCAGUGAAACUACAAAGGACACCGAAAGUAAUUUAUACCCUUCCAUCACUCUUAAAAGUCACGAUCUGACAUUUUUCUGUUCUUAAUGGCUGCGAUAAAACUCUUAUUCAAGCGAAGAGUGAUUUGAUAAGAUAGUGACUCCUACACUAUUCCAGUUGGGAUGUUCCAUUGAAUGGAAAAUUUGGCGGCGAUCAGGAAAAUUUUGGCUUUUAAAAGCAGUCACUGCGUCUUCUAACUCAAUGGAAAGGAUAUUAAGUCUUCAAUUGCAGUUGACUGCAAAUGUGUGUCUUUUCUUCUACGCUUUGGCAGCAGGUGACAGCUAUUACAGAGCAGCUGUUUUGGAGCCGGUUCAAUUCUCAGACGUGACUUAUUCACCUACAUAUGUUGUGAAACGAAAUCUGGAAUUAUACGAAACAGCCGUUAAAACAGCAGCGAUUAAUGAAGUGGACAUUAUCGUAUUUCCAGAGUGUGGUUUAUUUCCUUGUGAAAAAGUCGAAAGAAAACUAUUAAAAACCUUUGUGGAAGAUAUUCCUGAUCCUCGACUUGGAUAUGUCAAUCCUUGUGUUCAAAAAGAGAAGUUUCAUAAUCAUCCAAUUCUAUCCACCUUAAGUUGCUUGGCACAAGAAUACAGACUUUAUAUAGUGGCUAAUACAGUCGAUAUGAAAAAAUGUAAGUUGUCUGAAGCAUGUGAUGCGGAUGGCAUAGAUGAUUGUGAAUUGAAAGAUACCAAAUGUCCAGAUGACGGAUUCUACCUUUAUAACACUAAUAUAGUUUUUGACAGAAAGGGUACACUAGUGACCAGAUAUUACAAAAAGCAUCUUUAUUUUGAAAAGACUAUGAAUACACCAGAUUUUCCCCAAGAUGCCACAUUUACCACAGAUUUCGGAAAAUUUACCACUGUCAUUUGUUUCGACUUAAUAUUCAAAGAAUCAGUUGAGGAUGUUGAAAAGCCAGAGGUUGCCAACCUUGCUUAUCCUACAUAUUGGUAUGACCAUAUUCCCUUCAUGUUUUUUGCCACAGCGUAUCAACAAGCAUGGGCAAUAACUAAUAAAGUUAAUCUUUUAGCGGCAAAUGCUCACAUGCCUGGUACAGGAACUCUGGGUAGUGGCAUUUUCUCUGCCACUAAAGGAGCUUUAAUAUACACGCACAAUCCAGAUUUUCGGACAAAGCUUUUAAUUUCUAAUGUUCCAAAAUCUGUUGAGAAAGAAAAUGACAUUGAGUUGAAUUCAAAGAGGUUCUUUUUAGAAAAUGGCCUUGUUAUUGAAGCAGACGGAGAAGAAGAUCGUAAUUUUGGAACUGAAUGCACCACAGAUGUUCUUGGUGAACCAAGAAACACAUUUAAUAAUUAUCGAUGCCAUCCUUACAGUAUGGAUAAUUAUGAAUUUUCUAAGCUUGAUGGAAAAGAAGAUACAAAAGAAUUAUGCUCGAACGGAUUCUGUUGUUCUCUUACCUAUAAAGCUGAUACCAUGGAUGAAAAUUACUACUUCGCGGUCGCAGGGAAACCGUUGGGAUUUUAUAACGCAUUCUUUUAUGGCGUCGAAUCAUGCCUUUUAGUUCGUUGUGAAACAGAAGGUGGAAAAUCUUGCAAACAUUUUAUUCUUCAAUCUCAUACAAUUUUCGAAAAAGUAGAAAUCAAGGCAAAAUUUUCUACUAAAUAUAUUUAUCCUUUUGCCCUGGAUAGUGAUGUCAGACUGACAAAUAAAACCCACUGGUCUUUCGAUAGAAAAACUAGUAUUGUAUAUGAAAAUCUUGGCAAAAAAUCUUCUCUUUUGUUCAUUGGUUUACACGGAAGACUUUAUAACGAAGAUAAAAUUGUAAGCAGUUGAAAUGUUAAAAAUAUAAGGUGAAAUUCUGUACUUCCUCAGAAUAAGACACUGUAGACUUGUAAAAGAAGUUUUCCUACUUAAAUGCUUCAAGGUUUUGUAAAUGUUCUAUUCAUUAUUUUAUAAUAAAA